AAAUGCUUCGCUGCUCAGAGAUUUUAAUCAAUAAUAAAAUUUAAAAUUUCUUCAGGUGUAGGUGUGAUUUUGUGUGAUGGAGAUAUCCCUGUUAAAACAGCUGCUUAAGAAUAUAUAUACUUUUCUUCAUCGAGAUGAUAACAAGUAUAACGACAUUGUCGAAAAGUAUUACGUCAAGGUUCAGGAAGUGCUUAAGUUAGUUAAGCCGGUACUCGAGUCUAUAGUUGAUUCCGAGGCUGCAUCGAAUGAGUUGUUACGAGAGGAGUUUGCGGGGAUGAGUCAGUGUGUUGAUGAAAUUCGGGAGGUUUUUGAAGAUUCUCAUCCGUUGAUGAGCAAAGUUUACUUUGUGUUGAAGAUGGAAUCGUUGUUUGCAAAAGUUCAGACUCAUGGUUUGGAACUUCUUGACUUGUUGCGAUCAUGUGAAGGACUUCCGGUUGAACUGAGCUCAUCAUCGCUCGAGCAUUGCGUGCAUAAAAUUAAGCAGAUGGGAUGUGAUAAGCCGUCGGCCAUUGUGUCCAAAGCUAUAAAAGAUCAAGUGCAGGGCAUGGAUAUUAGCAAAGAUAUAAGGUCAAAAAUUGCUGAUUUGCUUAGUUUAAGGUCAAAUCAGGAACUUCUAAUCGAGCUGGUUGCCCUUGAAAACUUAAAGGAGAACGCUGAACAAUUAGAGAAGGUUGAGGAUGUAGAAUAUAUUGAGGAAAUGAUUGGUUUUGUUACCCACAUGCAUAAUUGCUUUGUUGAGAUAAAACAGUCACAAAGCUGCAACCCUGUACCAAUACCUCCUGACUUUUGUUGCCCGUUAUCACUUGAACUGAUGACUGACCCUGUUAUUGUAGCUUCUGGGCAAACAUAUGAACGGGUGUAUAUCCGUAAUUGGAUUGCUCUUGGCCUUACUGUUUGCCCUAAGACAAUGCAAACUCUUGCCCACACUAAUCUUAUUCCUAAUUACACCGUCAAGGCAUUAAUUGCCAAUUGGUGUGAAACUCACAAUGUUAAGCUGCCAGGCCCUGUGAAGUCCACGAGCUUGAACCAACCUGGUUAUCCCAGAUCUCUGGUGCAACAUGUCGUAUCAUCUUCAGAAGAUUCCAUCCCUGGAGUAUCCGAAAAUGGGCAUAAGUUGGACAAUGAGAAUGACAGAUCAAAUGAAACAGGGGAGAGGAGUUCUGAUCUUGGUGAACCUUCGUCGCUAUUACCACCAAAAAAAGAAUCUUCGGCUAGUAGUGGAAUGGAUGAAGAGUCACCGAAGGUCUCUCAUGAUGCAAAUGAUGAGCCUUUGCCACAGGCAGCAACGACAUACACUAGUGAUGCUUCAGGAGAAGUGGUAGCAGAGCUGCAGCCUGCCAUCGUCUCCCCAAGUGCUGCCCCACAGAGGGAGCUGCAUGAAUAUUCACCUCGAUUUGGAAACCGAUCACGGCAUCAAAUGUGGCGCAGACCAUCUGGAAAAAUGGUUACUGAAACCCGACCUGAGCUCAGUGGAGUCGAAACCCAAGUCAAAAAACUAGUUGAAGACUUAAGUAGUCUUUCACUGGAUAUAGUAAAGAAUGCUACUCUUGAACUCAGAUUACUUGCCAGACAUGAUAAGGAUAUUCGAAAUGUCAUAGCCAACUGUGGUGCCAUCCCCUUAUUAAUUAACCUGCUCCGUUCACCUGACCAAAGUAUCCAAGAAAAUUCUGUCACUGCCCUUCUGAACUUGUCGAUAAAUGAUAUCAACAAAGCCACCAUUGGUAAUUCCGGUGCAAUCGAACCAUUAAUUUACGUCCUUGAGACUGGAAGCUCAGAAGCCAAAGAAAAUUCUGCUGCGACACUUUUUAGUCUUUCAGUUAUUGAAGAUAACAAGAUACAGAUCGGAAGGUCUGGAGCAAUAGGGCCUCUGGUUGAUUUACUAGGAAACGGAACCCCACGAGGGAAGAAAGAUGCAGCCACAGCUUUAUUUAACCUAUCAACAUUUCAUGAAAACAAGUCCCGUAUUGUGCAGGCAGGUGCUGUGAAGUACCUUAUAGACUUGAUGGACCCUGCAACCGGUAUGGUUGAUAAGGCGGUUGCUGUUCUGUCAAAUCUUGCUACAAUUCCCGAGGGGAGAGCUGGGAUUGGUCAAGAGGGUGGUAUACCUACUCUUGUUGAAGUGAUUGAAUUGGGUUCGGCUCGAGGAAAGGAGAAUGCGGCUGCAGCCCUUUUACAGUUGUGUACUAAUAGCAGUAGAUUUUGCAACAUGGUGCUCCAGGAAGGAGCUAUUCCGCCAUUGGUGGCGUUGUCACAGAAUGGUACCCCGAGAGCCAAGGAAAAGGCUCAGUCACUGAUUAGCUACUUUAGAAACCAGCGGCAUGGCAAUGGUGGGAGGAGAUGAGGAAGUUCUGUUGUUAUUGAGGCCUCAUCAGCCAUUUUCGGGCAAGUUUUGUGUACACUUUGUAUAUCUAAUUUGCAAAUAAUGCAUAAGAUAGGAGAAAGGAAAAGAGGAUAAAUGAUUCUUUUAGGGGUUUGAUUGAGUUAUCUCCCGAAUAACCUUUUUUUCUGUGAUUUUUUAUUUCAUAGUUCAUGCCUUGCUUUUGCAUAUGUUUAUUCUAGUUUUUGAGGAAAACUUCAUUUAUUUUUUCAAUCUGUAUAUAAAUGAUGGUAUGCCUUUGUUUCAUUUUCAUAAAUAUAUAUAUUCUUUUCCA